UGGCGCCAUCGAUAGAUGCUCAUUUCUUAUUGUUUUGAAUGCUCCCUUGGUUCGGUCCUUACUCCGCCAUUGGAGACUGCGACACGAAAAAUGGUGAAUCGCUACGAAAUGGCCGUAGGCCUUCAAAAAGGCCACAAAACGACAAAAAAUGUGACCAAACCUCGGCCUGCCCGACGAAAUGGGAAGCUUUCCAAGCACACUAAAUUCAUUAGGGACAUUGUUCGGGAAGUGGCUGGAUUUGCGCCAUACGAGAGAAAAGCCAUGGAGUUGCUGAAGGUCUCAAAAGACAAGCGAGCAUUGAAGUUCUUGAAGAAACGAGUUGGCACUCAUUUGAGAGGCAAGAGAAAGAGGGAAGAAAUGAGCAGUGUCAUCAUUCAAAUGAGAAAGGCGCAAUCACAGAAAUCUUAAAAUAAAGUGUAGAGUUAAUGGAAAGUA